AUGAGUGCAUCCAAGCCCAACUUCUCGGCGCCGACGCAGACAAUAAAGUGCCAUGGCUUGCUCUUUGACAUGGAUGGUACGAUUAUCGACUCGACGGUUGCAAUUGAGAAGCACUGGCACAAGAUUGGCAAGGAGAUUGGAGUCGCACCCGAAGUGAUUCUGGCAACAUCACACGGGCGGAGAUCUAUCGACGUGCUCAAGAUCUAUGAGCCGAAGCUGGCUAAUUGGGAGUAUAUUUGCCAUGCCGAGGGACUGGUACCCAAGGAAUUCGGGCAUGAUGCCGUUGAGAUUCCCGGAUCGCGUGCCUUGCUGGACAAGCUGGAGGAACAGGGUGUUCCGUGGUGCAUUGUAACGUCCGGCACACGUCCGCUUGUCCAGGGUUGGCUGGACGUGAUGAAACUGGCGCACCCCAAGAAUCUGGUGACGGCCGAAGACGUGCUCAACGGCAAGCCGGAUCCGACGUGCUAUCAGAUGGGCGCGGAGAAACUGGAGCUACAAAAAAAGGAGGCUUCUAUCAUUGUCUUUGAGGACGCGCCGGCAGGAAUUCGGUCAGGCAAAGCGGCAGGGUUCGUGGUGGUGGGUCUCCACACGUCACAUACGCUAGAACAGAUUGUGGAAGCUGGGGCAGACUACAUUGUUCAGGACAUGGGGAGCGUCACGCUUCAGUCAUGGGACAAGACGACGGGGGAGGGUGAGAUUGUCAUCACAAAUGCGUUAGUGUAG